CAAAGAGAGUGGCGCAUUAGGAUAGGAAUAAUUACCAUAAAAAUGGUUCCCCCCGACAUGGACAAGCUCUCGUUAAUAUUAUCAUCAUUAUCAUAACAAUUUUUGAAUACGUAAGCAAAUCGUCAGCACCGUGUACCUGAUAAAUGAAUAUUUUAUUGAUGAGAGUUAUGAAAAUCUCGUCGAAAAUACCAAAAAGUAAAUUAUUCGAUUUCUCUGGGUGAAGAAAAAAACGGACCGUACUACGUCUGGUGUUAUCGACGAAGGGAAAAAAUGAUCAAGCCUCUAAAGAUGUCAUUUAAACGAUUAUUAAACUUGAUCGUUUGUAUUUUACUCGCGACUCAGACAUUUUUGCCCGGUGGUGAGUGCCUCGAAGUAAUAUACGCUAUCAAUUCUGGAGGUGAAGCACAUACUGACAGUCAUGGAAUACGGUACAUGAGAGAUCCGUUAAUGGGCAAAGUGGGCACAGCCUCUGAUUAUGGUAAACAAUUGAUUAUCGGCCGGGCCAAUAAUCAGGACCAGAUUCUUUAUCAGACAGAACGAUAUCAUCACGAUACCUUUGGCUAUGACAUUCCCAUCAAUGGUGAUGGGGAAUAUGUUAUGAUACUUAAAUUUUGCGAAGUUUACUUCAAUUCCCCAAACAUGAAGGUAUUUGAUGUUGUGCUCAACGGGGAUCAUACAGUUGUAACGGACCUUGAUAUCUUCGAAAGAGUGGGACGCGGUAUUGCUCACGACGAAUACAUUCCCUUCAAAGUUCAGAGAGGCAAACUAAUUUACAAUGACGAAGAGUCUGAUAUUUCGGGUGGGAAGAUAAGAGUUGAAUUUAUCAAGGGUUACCGAGAUAAUCCAAAGGUGAAUGCUAUAGCUGUUAUAAAAGGGCAAAUAGAAGACGUUCCUCAGUUGGGUCCCAUACCCCAGGAACCCGAGGAGUACCAAGGCAUGCAGGAAGACGAAGAAGAGGCGACGGUUCGAAGUCGACAUACGAGUGGCCCACGAACACCCGAUCCAUACUCCAUCGAGGACUCUUCGAUAAUGCUACCGGUAUUCGUCGCUAUCGGAGCUUUUAUACCGCUUCUUUUCUGCCUUUGUAAGCUAUAGAAGCUGCAGAGUCAUCUGAUAUCUAUAAAAGAAGCACACAAACUCAAAAGGAUACGAAUUUAUGUACUUAAAAAAACAAAAUGUUUUGUCUGAUUGUGCAUUACGAUUUAACAAUAAUCGCGAGCCGUUCACUCCCGUAACGUCGAAGUUUUGAGGCACUAGGCACGCUACAUCUCAUAACAUUAUUUAAUUUCAUGAAUGCGAGAUUUACGUACAUAGAUUUAUUUAUUAUUUAUUUUAUAUAAUAACGUGUGAAAGAUUAUAGUUAACGACGCGUAAAUAUACGCUUCGAUCACGAAAAAGGCUGAUUAUACUCCGUUUCCACAGGAAAAACAAAUAAUAAAUACCGGAACAUUAAAUUUGCAAUUAUCUCGAAUCCUGUGACUCAAUGGAAUCCGUUGAACACUGUUUCGUGGAUUUUGCAAAUUUUUUCUUCCCAGUCAACAAAGUAAAAAUAAAGAGAAAAUAAACUCUGUUGUUACCGAA